AGACCAUAUCCAUGAUUCCGCCAUAUGGUAUGAAAGUCUACCAUUAUAUCUCCCCCGUCAUAGUGUAACGGUCAGGGUGACUACAGCCAUGGUUAUGGGCUGUUCACUCCCAAAGCAUCUUCCAUUUUUCAGCAGAUUCAUCUAUCACGGUGUUAUCGAGAAAGACAAUAUUAAGGUUAGGCAUUGGUAUAUAAAAAAUAAAGGACAGAAGAAAGAAAAAUUGGAAAGAAAGAAAGAAAAAGAGAGAAAAAGAAAAUAACUACAUCAUCAAUUUCCACUAAACUCCCUUUUUUUUCUCCUCCAAACAGAAACCCAGCGACCUGCGACGAACUUAUACAAUGUCAAGAAGCAAAGGAUGAGAAGGGAAUCGUAUUAACACAGAAGACACUAUGAGACUAAGGGUCAGACUCAAAUCGCUGGCAUUCCUGGGCCUCGUCAGCUUGUGUGGUGUAAUCUACACCUUCACCGGGAGUCACGUGGGUAGUUGGAUAUGGGAAAGUGAGAAACCCAGGCGAAUAGCGCGAUUAUCAGCUGAGGACCUCCAUGCCCUGCGCGGUUACCCAUGGCAGGCACCAGCACCAGCGACAGUCAGCAGCAGCACUUCGAAACUGACUCUGAACGACACCUUAGCCCACCUUCCGAAGGGCAAAACCAACCCUCCUUGUGAUAGAACGUGCCAGUUCAGACGCCUAAGGGAACAGACGUUGGUGGCAGACUCGCAGAUACACAACAAAUACUUACUUAAAAAUAAUGCUUCAAAUUCAAAGCCAAGGGUGACGCCUCAUAUGGUGGGACUCGCCAAAGUUCGAGAGUCUCUGAAGGAAUGUGACAGAGCGUGUCGUAUUGCCAAGCUGAAAAGCACGAGGUUAAUGAAAGGUGGUUAUUCAUCGAGGGUUAGGGUAGAGAAUGUAACCUUACCUAAUUCAUGGACAGUGACAAGGGAACUUAUAGACCGCCUGUCUGCCCGUCGAAAUCAUGUUAAAGAGGUAUGUAAAAAAUAUGAAUUGGAUAGACCAUCAGAAAAUUACCAGCCAAACGCAUGGGAAUUCCUUGUUAACGAAGAAUAUGGGCUGGUUUGGUGUAACGUUUUCAAGGCUGCUUCGUCCACGUGGUUCUACAACUUCAAUCUCUUGGCUGGAUUCUCAGAGACAGAACUCCUUCACGCAAAAGAUACUCCAAUUCAGCUGGCAAGGAAGAAAUACCCAAGACCAACAGUGGAUGAGUUACAUAAAGCCAUGAAUACCACCCCACAGCCAUUGUCAUUUAUGAUAGUGCGGCAUCCUCUACAACGACUUGUUUCUGGUUAUAGAGACAAGAUCCUUUCAGGAAGUCGCUUCUACAGCAAACUUGCACGUACCAUAAUCAAGCAAUAUCCAGAGCUGGGUCCGGGCGAGACACGAGAACGACCCAAAUCCUGGGGUGUCUUUGGGAAAACCGUGCCACGUGCCAUUGUCCCUUCCUUUCCGCAGUUUGUACAGUUUCUGCUAGAUGAAGCAGCCAGGGGCCAAAAACUAGAUGAGCACUGGACUCCUAUGAGCCAGUUUUGUACACCUUGUCUUGUUAAUUUUGAUGUAUUUGCUAAGGUAGAGACUUUAGAAGAGGAUGGAAAUUAUAUUAUAUUUUCUGCAGGUAUCGAGGAUGUGAUAAAACCGAAACGAAUCAACCGAUCAAGGAACGAGCCAACUGAUGCUGUUGCAGACAAAUUUUUAUGCCAGCUUUCGCAACGACAGAUGAAAGGCCUUCUUCAGUUAUAUAAAUAUGAUUUAGAACUAUUUCAAUAUGAUGCAUCAAAAUAUGUGAACUGUACAGUGACUUAAGAAAACAAGUCUGAAUAAGCAUGUGUGUGUAAUAAUUUUGGGUUUUUAGAUUAUUUUUGUUUUCUUGAUAUGAAGUUAGGUAUUUAUGAGAAUAUAGGGUAAAAAAUAUAUAUGAUUAUAUAUAUAUAUACACAUGCACUUAUAUUUGCACACAACAUCAGGCUUGUUCACACCAUACAUGUGCGUGUACACAUGCACACACACAGAAGUGCCUGUUUUAUCAAAAUUCCACUCCUUUAAAACUUGAUUGCUCAGACUUGAAGCCUUUUCUGCAAUUUCUUUUGCACCCAACCAUAGACUUAAUCACAUUGAUUGUUCAAGCAGCUAUUGGUAGUAACCCAAUGGUAUCAAGUAAUCACACUGUCUACUGUCAUUUUCUUUUGUGAAUUUUGUUUGCACGUAGAUGGUUCCAUGAGAGCUCAACCAUCAAAGAGCCAAUUAGUACGCCUAUGUGGCUCAGCUGAUUUCCCCUUUCCUGGAGUUUUGAAUUUAUUUCUACUGCUAUUGAUAUUGAUGUUAUUAUUAUAUUGACAUUAUGAUUAUUACAGUAUUAUUAGCAAUACUAACAACACUUUUUUUAAUCAUCCUGAAAGUCAAAGAUAAGGGUAAAUAGGUGAGCUAUAUGGGACUAGUAACAGAUGCGUGCUGAUUUAUCAUUUGUGGAGCCAUCUACGUGUAAAGACAAUCAAUAAACAGAAGACACAGUA